GCCCAACAACAAAACCCUAACUUGUCUUAACCACUAAAGCUCUUAAUGGCUUGCAUGAAGGAAUCUUAGGGGCCAAGCUCAUAUUUUUGUGGCUCAAGACAUGGAAAUAUGUCCAAAAGGACAACCCAAACAUUCCAUAACAUGUCAUACACAAGAAAGGCCAUAUUUGGGACAAAAGCGUAUAUUUUCAUCAUGCAAGCUAAAUCUAGCAACUUAUUCAUUAAGGUUGGAACUUUUUACCUUCUAGAGAUGGAUAAUGAUACAAAACUUUCAGAUCCAAGCUUGCUUCUAGCUUCCAAACUUCACCACCACCUCCGUCUUCCUUUGGAACACACAAAACACACAAUCAAGCUUCAAAAUGCAAGAAUGGGGCUAGGGUUUGCAAGAGAAGACAUUUCUAAGGAUGGAGGCUCAAAAUGAGGUGGAGAAAUGAAACUUAAGGAUCAAUAAAUAGGGUCCAAACCCUCAAGAGAAAUUAAAGAAAAGAAAAACAAGAAAUAAAAAUGGAAGAAAGAAUAAAGGGAGACUCAUUUUCUUUUUCUUCCAAUGUGUGUGUGUGAGAGAAAGAGAGGUCCUUUCUAUAUUUAAUUAUUAUAAAAUAUUUAAGAAAAAAGAAAGAAAAAUAAAAAAUAAAUAUCCUAAAAUUAUAAUAGUCUUUUCAGUUUUCUAAGGACAGAAACACAACAAAACUACUUAAUAAAAACAUGAAACCAAAAAAAUAAACUUUAGAAAAAAAAAAAAAAAAAAGUACGGGACCAUUUUUGCUUGUCAAAUAUAUAUACAUAAAUUAUAAACCGAAAACUAAUUACUUUUUAGAUCACUCUCCCUAAAUAACUGACAAUAAACCGGACGAAGCGACAUCGGCUUUUUAUAUUCCAAAGGAUUCAAAUCUGGUACCAAAAGUCCCAUGAGCGCGCUCGUCGUUCUGUGCCUCUCGAAGUUCAAACCUAACAGGAUCGAGCAAUUUGUAGUUCUCUCUUGUUGUGUUAUUUAGGGUCUGCACAUUUGGCGAUGUUACAAUGGAUGGGAGGAUCAAGGCGGAAAGUCACAACUGGUGUAUAACAUGGUUGCAUAACUUAAAUUGGCAUAGUAUGCUUCUGAUAAUGAAGAUUGUUUCUGGUAAGCUCAUGUUUCAUUUCUAUCGUUUACACUGAAAAUCUUUUCUUGUUUCCUGAAAUGUCCUGGUUGUGCUUAAAUGAGGAAAUUUUCAGUCAAGAAAGUCAACACAAAAGAGGUAUGUUAUGUCUUCCAUUUGGUUCUAUAACAAGCCGGAUGUCCUCAAAGAUAUUGUGGAAAAGAUUUUAUCAAGUAAUAUAUCUAGCUGGUUCCUACCCUCAACCUACCAGGCAAAAACAGUAUUUUGAACAAAGAAAAAGGCAACAGCAACAGCAAAAUUCCAAUGGCCUAGAGAGCUAUUCUGAUAAAAAGGCUCCAUGCACACAAUGUCCCGAAAAUAAUAGAUCGCUGGAUAUUCUCAGUCUGCUAAACUUAUCAACGAAUGGCCAGGAUUUCACUUCCAGAUUCUCAGAAGCUCAAGGAAGAGGAAGUUCGAAUGGUCAACAUACAACACAAAACUCUCAAACUGCACUUCAAAUGGAAAAUGAAAACAUCUGUCCAUCUGAACAUGUUGAAAUCAGAGAAACAAGAAAUGUGUCCAAUCACCUGGAGGAGGCAGGAUGUCAACAGGAGUUUUUAUUUGAUUUCUCUUCUAGUAAUCAUGAUGCUUCAAAAGGGAACAAUGAGAAAGAUCAAAUGAAGAUGAUUACAGACCGCAAGUUGUCUGUCGUUGAUAUGCUUGGUGAUGAUGGACAAAAUAGCAGUUCAAGAGGAAAUUUAGUACAUGAGAAUCAUGUUGCAUUCUCAGUUGAAGCAGGUUUAGGAAAAGUGGAAAUGGAAACUCCAGUUCAUUCACCACAACAUCCUACAAGAAAAUUCGCCUAUGGAUGCCCUGGACCUUCCAAAAUUUUCAAGGGAUCUUACUCUUCCAAGAAUCUUAAUUGCAGUCUAGAGGACCAGUUCCAUGAAUUGGAUGAUAUGGCUGUUGGUGGUGACUUACCAACUGAUGCCUGUUCUUUAGAGCUCCCUCCUUAUUUAGGAGAACUACAUCGUAACCCGAAGCAGAAAACAAUGGUUGAUAAGGAAUGCUUGUUGCAUGAUGCUGAGGAUUUUUUAAGCAAUGAUGAAUUUUAUGAUAGCAGGGUGGAGCAUGACAGGUUUAAAUGGCAUGAAAAAUCUAGCUUCUUGGAUGAGAAAUUUCUGGAAGAUAAUACAGUAUCAUGGAAAAACUGGUCAUGUGAUUUGGAUUAUAUGAGAAGUAGGAAGUGUGAAAAGUCAGACUUCUCUUUUGAAGGUGGUCAUAUGCAAAAAAGGAGAGCUAGAGUGGACUCAGCAGGCUGCUUCAAUGUUUCAGGGUUAUCUUCUCCAUAUAAGCACCAAAUCAAUCAUCGUUAUGAUUUCAUGACAUCUGACAUGACACGGUGUAACUCCCAGUUUAGUGAAACGACCCAUUCUUCAGAUUGGCCUUCCUUCGCAAGACACGAUUUACACUUGUUGAGCCAAGAUUCAUUCUUGUCCCAUCCAGCAUGGCGUGAAGGAACAAAUAAUCCAUCAUCUAACUUCAGAAGGCAUGCAACUGAUUCCAGAAGCCCUUUCAGUAUGAAAAGUAAUACAUUUUCCGGGGGAUUUGGCAUGAAGGGUAAUAUUAACAUAAUGUCAGAUUUUUCAACCCACCGAAGAGAUGAUUGGUUGUUUGAAGAAAGAUGCAAUACUGAGAGUUAUGAUGGUUCUAUCAAGGCAUCUGAAACCCCAAACCCAAAGGCCUUCCACAAACAUUGGGCCGAAGAGCUGUUUGAUUCAGAUUUCAACUUGAAAUUUUGUGUUGAUGAACAUGGUGGCAACUUUUUCUCAGAUGAAGUUGCAUUCUCCCAACAAGUUAGUCCUGUAAAAGAAGAAUAUGGACAUGAUGAUCUUUUCAAUGAAGAGAAAGAUGACUCUGUUAUACAGCUUCAGAAGAGUGCUAGCACACGAGAAAGUGAAUCUGUAACUCUACCUGCUGUCACCAGCACAUUUCAUCAGCAUAUAGAGAAUAGUCAUGACAGCAAUUACUCAUCCUCAAAAAAUGGCACACCAAUAAACAACCUGGAAUCUGAAGAAUCACAAGUCAAAACUCCAGAAAUAGAAAUCACCCCAGCUCCAAAUGCAGUACUAUCUCCAGAACCUUCAGAAGGGGGAUCAUCUUCUGUUGAGAUGCCCCAUUGUCAUGGUUUAAAAGAAUGCCCAGAUGCUACCCAAACUUCUCUCCAGACCCAAAAUGAACAUAAAGAAACAGAGGAUUCUGGACCAAACAGUUGCAAAGUCAUGAUGCUUGGGAGAUAUGUUGUUCAACUUCUGUGAGUAUCAGUAUAUAUAGAUACUGAAGAAAGCGUCCAAAGUAGGUAUGAACAUUAAUGAUACUUCUCAAUUCGCAUGCAACUGAGGCUAAUAAAAUUCAUAAAAUACAACAUAACUUUAGCUAAGCUAGUCCAAAAUGUUGCUAUUACACGUUGCUAGUAGCUUUUGAAAUGACAGGAUCAGGACAAAUUUAAACCAAGUUAAAUCCAACACAAUGUUAGCAUAGAUAGAAAGUUUCAACCAUGAGUGUCCAUAGAUACACAUUAACUACAAAUAUUUUUCUCCUAGAGAAGAAAUAAUGUCUUCUCCAACACAAGUUUAGUUGCUCUUUUUAGGCCCCAAUGCAAAGCCUUCCCUUUAUUGAUCGCCUGAACUGCAUGUGACAUCUUAACUUCUUAACAUCAGACUGUUUGAGGGGUUUAAGGAUGAACUCUUGAGCACCUUCUUCCAAACACCUAAUUCAAAACAGAAAUGUCAAGCACAUCCAUACAUCAUAACCAAAUUUUUAUUUCAUAAUAAAGAUCGAUCAAUGGUGGUUACUUCUCAAUUCGAGUGGGGACAUUCUCUGAUGAGACUACAAUCACCGGGAUCUCUUUUAUAUCAGAUGAUUCCUGUUACAAAAAUUAAGGUUUAAUGUUACAAAAAAAAAAAGUACUACUAGGCACUAGCUACUUAUAUAAAAAUGUUACAUAAUGUUAAUGCUAUAUUACCUUAACCUUUCUAAGGAGAUCGUACCCUGUCAUUCCUGGCAUACAGUAAUCCGUAACAACUAAAUUUAUCUUAGGGCCCUGCUUUUAAUAUCCAUUUACCAAAAAAGAAAAAAAAAAUCAUUAAUUUGGUAGGUGUGUUACGACAAUGCAUGUUAUGAGAAAUGUAAAUUUAGGAAUUGUGUCCAUUAAGUAGUACUACAGUAACUUACUUUGUUCAUAUGAGUGUGUUUGUCUUCUCCUUGGCCUAAAAGCUCCAACGCCUUCUGCCCACUUUCUGCUGUAGUCACUGCCACAUUGACAAAAUGACUAGUAAAUUCCUUGUAAGGCUUUCUUGAUUUACAACAUUAUUUUGUUUUCAAAUAAUAUGGAUGAUGGAUAGCAGAUAACUUUUUUUUUUCCUUUCGUAAGUGUUCCACCUUAAAAGAUGUAAAGUCGGAAUAUUAGGCAGGUAUGCGGUGAUUGUCAUGGACUCAUAUUCUACUUUCACAAAAAAGAUCGCAGUGUCCCCAAAAACAGUUCAUUUAUUUUUAAAUGCUACUUAUUUCUAAUGGACUAAAUGUAAAUAGCAACAUAUAUUUAUUUAUUUGUGUAUAGUAAUAUGCUACUUUUAUUUCU